AUGAAUGAAUGGUUUAGAGUGACUUGUAAGGAAACUACUGAUGGGCCAAAACCUUACAUAAGUAGCAUCAAUUUGCAACUACUCAAGAUUUCAUUUUCCGAUAACUCCGAAAGCACUGUUGUCGUGAACAAUUCAGUAACUUAUUUCAGUUGCCUCGACAAAAAUGGAGAAACUAAUGGGGUUAGUGUCAACCUAACAGACACCCAUUUUUCCUUCUCACAUUCUUUCAACAGAUUUGUCUCUAUAGGUUGCGGCAGUUUAGCUACUUUUCUUCGCAGUCCAAAGGAUAAUUAUCCUGCACGUGGCUGCCAACAACCUUAUUGUGAUGAUUCUGUGACUUCCAAUGCUACCUGCUCCAUUGAUAUUCCUACGGAUCUAAGAUCUUUCGCGGUAAACAUGAGAGAGAUUAAUCCUAGUCAUAGCGGCAGACGAUCGUGUGGAUCUGCUUUUGUUGUCGAUCAACGUUAUCUUGAGAUAAUAAAUUCAGACCAAAAUGACACAAGCAAUUGGAAGUUGACGCACGUUCCCACAACACUGCGAUGGGCCACACUGAAACGUGGGAUUUGUAAUUGCAGUUCAAAUAAUCUUUCAAGCAUCAAUAAUGAAUACUGUUGGAAAAACUUGGGCCAAAGCUAUCUAUGUGUUUGCACAAAUGAGGACGACAAUAACUUUUCUACUGAUAUAUGCCAAGAUCAACCAUAUACAUGUACUUAUUAUAGGUAUUGUUAUAUGCUUUGUUUGGAUGCUCCUGGCAACCAGUGUUCGUCGUCAUCAUCAUGUCCUGAUGGAUAUCAGUACUCGGGAGUUAUGUGUGAGCCCAUAAAAUUGACAGAAAAGUCCAAAAAACAUCAAAUGUCGACUGUCAUUAUAGGUUGCAGCACAAGUUUGGGGACACUAUUUGCACUACUUGGUACAUGGCAUUUGUACAAAGUACUAGAUAGAAGAAAAAAAUUAAAGCUAAAGCAAAAAUAUUUUAGAAGGAACGGAGGGUUACUUCUACAGCAGCAAUUAUCUAGAAAUGAAGGUAACAUUGAGAAACUAAGGCUAUUUGGUUCGAAGGAGUUGGAAAAGGCAACGGACCACUAUAACAAGAAUCGAGUCCUUGGUCAAGGUGGUCAAGGAACUGUUUAUAAAGGAAUGUUGGCGGAUGGAAGCAUUGUCGCUGUUAAAAAAUCUAAAUUGAUGGAAGAGAAGAUAAUAGAUAAAACAAAGCUUGAACAAUUCAUAAAUGAGGUGAUGAUUUUAUCACAAAUUAACCAUAGAAAUGUGGUUAAGCUUUUAGGGUGUUGUCUUGAGACAAAAGUCCCUUUGCUAGUGUAUGAAUUUAUCCCGAAUGGGACACUUUAUCACUUCAUAAAUCAGCCAAAUGAAGAGUUCCCGAUAUGGAAAAUGCGUUUACGGAUUGCAAUUGAAAUUGCAAAUGCUUUAUCCUACUUGCAUUCAGCUGCUUCUAUCCCUAUUUAUCAUCGAGACAUUAAAUCUAGCAACAUACUUUUGGAUGAUAAGUACAAAGCAAAAGUGUCAGAUUUCGGAAUAUCAAGAUCGGUUGCACUUGAGCAAACUCAUGUGACCACUCGAGUACAAGGAACUUUCGGAUACUUGGAUCCAGAGUAUUUUCGAUCAAGUAAAUUUACAGAAAAGAGUGAUGUGUAUAGUUUUGGAGUUGUUCUUGUUGAACUUAUAACAGGACAAAAACCCAUCAGUUCAAGUGAAUCAAAGGAAGUGGUGAGAAGCUUGGCAAAUUUUUUUCUGCUCUCAAUGAAGGAGAAUUCCUUGCUCAACGUUGUUGAUCCGAUGGUAAUGAAUGGUAAUGCAAAAGAAGAAAUUGUAGCAGUUGCUAAGCUAGCCAAAAGAUGCUUGAAUUUCAAAGGAAAGAAAAGACCUACAAUGAAACAAGUUGCAUUAGAGCUGGAGUGGAUUAGAUCAUCAGAAGAAGCUAAUGCCAUUCAACAAAGUGCAGAUGAAGAUUCUAAUACGGAUGAAAUGACCGAAGCUUUGGGUGUUGCUUCCUUUUCAACUAUCAUUCGUAAAACCCUAAUGAGGAAAGAGAUAACUGGUGAAACGGUAGGGGAAGUGAAACCAGUCAGCAACAUGCACCAAAGAAAAGAAGCAAUGGCCAACCAUUUUGAUUGUUUUAUUGCCCUACCAGGUGGGUAUGGUCCGUAUGGAACUUUGGAGGAGUUACUGGAAGUGAUAACCUGGGUUCAGUUGGGUAUCCAUAACAAACCUGUGGGCUUGCUUAAUAUUGAUCGCUAUUAUGAUAAUCUAUUGGCUUUCAUCGACAAAGCCGUGGAUGAUGAGUUUGUCAAACCUUCCGAACGCCACAUCAUUGUCUCUACACCAAACGCCAAAGAAUUAAUCCAGAAGCUUGAGGAGUACGUGCCUGUGCAUAAUGGAAUAAUAGCCAAGGCAAGUUGGGAGGUUGAGCAGCAGCAGCAACAAGUGCCGCAAUAG